UUUCUGUCCUUCAACAAUACCAACCUUGUCUGUCUUCAACAUCUCUCUCUCUCUCUUUCACUUUUUUUCCACUGCUGGGUCGGUGCAAGUUUCCAUUUUUCUUCCCUUUCUAUCUGUCAAAACCAUACCCAGUUGAAAAAAGCUUCCAUUUUUUUUCUCUAUAGUCUCUGCCAAACCUUGAAACAGCUUCAUAGUGUUUCUGUUUCUCAAGGCAUUUUUAUUUUAUCAACAACAGUUCUGUUAUGCAGAAAUCAUUGAGUUCUGUAUGAGUUGGUGCCAAGCUUGCUUUUGUGUGUUUGAAGCUUUUUCUUUGUGAUUAUCAAACUUUUUCAUUAAGUUCAAUCAUUCACUUUUUUUUCUAUCUUCAUAUUGGAAAAAAGUUGAGAUGGAAUCUCUGAACUUGUGAGCUGUAAAUCUGUUGCUAAUUGUCUCAAUUUUUUCACUUUCCUUUUCUGGAAAGACUGGAUAACUGAAAUUUUCAGCUUUUGUUUGAAACUUGAGUUAAUCAUUAAGGUCUGUGCAUGAACCAAAAAAAGUUAUCUCAUUGAUACCUUUUUAGCCAAAGGAAGCUUAUAUUGUCAUAGAUAGAGAGCUUCACAAGGGACUGAAAAUUGAAUUCAUAGAUGCUUUGUCUUUUACUCUUUCAGCUUGAUCAUACAAAAAGAGUCCUUUAACAACAGGUUAUGCAAAGUUAUACCACUGAAGUAAGUCGAUCGUGUCGAAUCCAAUCAUCAAUAUGGCAAAGAGGUCUCAAAGAUUCCCUGUGCAGUAUGAAAGAGAUCAGUCAGGUUGUAUGUGGGGAUUCAUUAGUAUGUUUGAUUUUCGCCAUGCUCGCUUUACUCGGAAGUUGAUUGCGGAUAAGAGGCACAACCACAAGCAUGCUCUUGAGGUUGUACCUACCAAGAACAAAUUCGAGGCGUUGAGCAAUUUGGAUGAAGAAUAUCAAGGCAAUUUUGACAGAGAAGAGAGUAAGAGACUUACAGUGAAAACGGAUGCUGACAAGGUUAGUGUAAAGAAACUCAUAGAAGAAGAGAUGUUCAUUGACCGGGAUGAGGUAAAGGAUCAAAGUAAAAAUGUAGGAUCAAAGCGAACCGAGUUAGGGUCUCGAGAUUCCGUGAAGAGAGAUUCCGAAAGAAAAAGAAAAUCACGCAAGAAAAGUCGAGAUAUGGAUACUAAUGAUCUGAGUGUAACUUUGAAAUCGGAAUUCUCAGAUAAUCAGCUCUUAAAGCAACAACAAUCAAGAGAUAAUCUAGAUUUGGACAAGAUAAUGGAAGAUUUUUGUCAAAUCGAACAAGCAUGUUCCUUGAUGAAUGACGAUGAUGAUAAUAGCAAAGUUAAUCCUCAAUCGAACCAAAAGAAGACCACUUCUGAAGAACUUGCAAGAGAUGCAAUUAAUGAUUUUGUGAAUCAGAUGGUAUUGGAUGGGAAAGAUCAUGUAGAAGAUAAAAAAAUCCUUUGCUCAGAUGAACUCAUGGAAAAACUUCAGGUCAUAAGCUCGGAUAAGGAAUUGUUUCUCAGACUUCUACAAGAUCCAAAUUCACACUUAAUGAAAUAUAUGCAGGAGUUGGAGAAGGCUCGAGGGAGAAGUGAAAAAGAAUUCAAUUCUGUUGUUGAUUCCAACUUCUCCGAACAAGACCUUCGCAGCAGUCUAAAACAAACCAGGGAGAUUGUCAACCGAAAGUAUCGUAAAUUUUUCUGGAAAAAGGUGAAGUCUCAGUCGAAAGUUCCAGCAAAUAAAAUUGCGAAAACGGAAGUUCCAAAUAGAAUUGUCAUUCUGAAACCUGCAACAACGGGCACGCAAAUUUCAGAAAGUGAAAGCAAUAUUGCUUUGUCGCCUUAUUCGCGUGAUAUUGUCCCUUACAAAGGUCCUUCUUCUACGAGAGUUGGUUCACAUUUUUCUCUUACAGAGAUAAAAAGAAAAUUUAAACACGCUAUAGGAAAGGAGAAGCAUGGAAGCCAUGAACUCCCUGUCAAAGGUGAAAACAUCGGCUCAAGAGGAAAGGCCAACGGUAAAGAUAAAAGUGGGAUGAAAUCUCCUAAUAAAGACCGUUUCUUCAUGGAAAAAAUUGCAAGACCUAUGUUUGAUGUUGUGAAAGGAAACAAGACUAGUACAUUGAAAGACUCCGAAUUUAAUGCGGAACGUGAAAGUGGUUCUAAGAAGGAAAAGGUUUCGAACAUUUACAUCGAGGCUAGGAAACACUUAUCUGAGAUGCUAGAAAAUGGAGAUGAUGACGCAAGCGUUUCUAGCAGGAAGAUUCCGAAAACCCUUGGGAGAAUUCUAUCUCUUCCUGAGUACAACUUUUCUCCUGUUGGAAGUCCUGGAGGGAAUUUGGAGCAUCAUUAUGCUACUGGCAUUGCAUGUGCAAAAUUUUCCACUUCAGAUAAAAUAAUCGAGGUUAAUGGCGAUAACUUGUCUCCCAAGCAAGCCACCUCUAUAGAUCAAACAGAUCAGGAAGCGAGCAAUUCAAGGAACUGGUCAAGUGUUUGUAAUGAAAAUGAAAGAUCUAAUGAAGUACCUGAAAUUGAGACUGAGUCAACUUUCUCGUAUGAUCUUGGUCAUGGUGAUACUUCUGAAGCCGAUUAUUUGGUUAGAGAUGGCAUUGUUGCUGAAGGCAAUGUCGAAUUCGCAAAAGAUAUAAAUGUUUCCGAAUCUUCCUCGGAUCCAAAUGACUGCAUUGACCAGAAGGACGAAAAUCACGAUGCCUCAGAAAUUCCUGAUGAUGCUAGAUUUUCUGAAUGUUUGAAUGAGGAUGUGAAAGAAGAGAACCAACCAUCAUCUCCACUGUCUUCUCCUUCUCACUCUUCCAUCACGGAGAAAAUCGAAGAGCUAGAAAGUAGUAUAGAUGUAUCUGGUCGACCAAGUCCGGUUUCUGUGCUCGACAUACCAUUCUCCGAUGAUGAUCCUGGCUACUCCACAUGUCAGCCUGUUAAAUUGCGAGUACAAUCACUACAAAUUCGAUUUGAGGAACAAGACACUUCAUCAACGGAUCGAUUUCAUAGAAGAAAAUGUUGUUUUGAAGAAAAUGAACUGAUAUACGACUACAUAAAUGCUGUUUUCCACGCCUCUGGUUUGACACAAGAUCAACUAAUGAUGAAAUGCCUUUCCUCAAACAAGAUACUAGAUCCUUCCUUGUUUGAUCAGGUAGAGUUCUUCUCGAACAUGCUUUUCCACGAGCAGAAGCUCCUAUUCGACAGUAUCAACGAGGUUCUCAUGGAGGUUUGUUGGCACUACUUUGGAGUAUCACCCUGUGUAUCAUUUGUAAAUCCUAGUAUAAGACCAACACCAAAUAUGAAAAAGAUUAUUCUCAAAGUUUGGGAAGGGGUGUGUUGGCAUGUCCUUCCUUUGCCACCGCCGCAUACUUUGGAACAAAUUGUUAGGAAAGACCUGGCAAGAAAUGGAACAUGGAUGGAACUUCGACUCGAUGCUGAAACAGUUGGGUUUGAAAUGAGUGACACCAUUCUUGUAGAACUGAUGGAAGAUGCAAUAUUGAGCCUUGUGAAUCAAAGUACAGAAACUUAAUAUUCUGUGCUUCAAUUUGAAGUGAAGGACAAUAAUAACAGCAUUAACAUGUAGAAGACAACUUAGUGGUUUUCUCUCAAGCAUGCUGUGAAUGAAGAUAAUAUUCAAUAAGGAACCAUAAAAGCCAAGUAGCAGCUGCUUUUGGCAAAAGUACUUAAUUACACUUGUUUUUAUGACAACAGAUUAAGCAACAAUUUUAUUUGGGUGAGGGUUUGAUAGUAGAUUUUGUAAAGUUUGAUUUGCCGAUCACAUUUCCUGGUGUGUUGAUUUUUUUGUUUGACACAAUAUUUUGUACAUUUGCUUUUUGGUUAACCUAUUGUAUUGAGUGUGUGUGGAAAUAAUGAAAUGUGAACUCAGCUUAGCAUAGUAUUAGUAUUCAAGAAGAGAGCAAGUAGAAAUGUGAAUAAUACUAUGUGAUAAUAAAAGAACAAAAUGCAUAAUGCUUUGAAGCUGUUUUUUUUUUUUUGGAAUAA